CCUACCCAAACUACAUGCUUACUGAUGAGAGAAGACAAAAAAUCACUACCCUUCAACUUUUUUGCCCAAACCUUCAAGAACUGGCCAGCGCUGCAGCUCAUUGAACCAGACAGCCUGCAUCGCAAUGCCAAAGGCACCUUAAUCACUGGUAAAGUACCUGCUACUAAUUUAAACCGAUUUACCAAUUCAGAGCAUACCCAUGAGCACAAUGGCAUAAAAUAUACUAUCCGCAUUCCCAAAACCCCACCCCUUUACCAAGGAGAAGUGGUAUUUGACCUGACUGAUAUGGAAGACAAGUCCAUACUAAGCUACUCAACAGAAGACCUGAUUGCCCAGCUCACAUUGCCUUCCAGCCAAAACUCAAAUAAAAUAAUAUCCAUAAAGAAGCUAUACCCAAGUCAUGUUGUAACAGACCCAAACAAUAGCCAGUUUCUUUCAAUGCGCAUUGCAAUUGAAUGCUCCUCAGCUGUACCAGAUAAGGUAUUUUUUCACAAUGUAGCCCUCAACGUACACUCCUACCUUGCACCUCCUCCUCGCUGCUAUGGCUGUCAAAGGUUUGGACAUGGUGCCAUAUCAUGUAGAAGACGUUCAGUAUGUGCCCGCUGCUCAUCACCCAACCAUGUGGUCCAGAACUGUGAUGCUGAAAACCCAUGCUGUGCAUCGUGCAGGGGUGCUCAUCCUGCAUCAUCUCCUCGCUGCCCCUUCUACAAGAAGGCCCUUGCCAUCUCAUCCCGGGUAGCUGCCAGGGAGCUCACCCGCGAGAUGGCAGCAAAAGAAUAUGCAUCUCUGUAUAUGCCAACCAAAACUAUCCCCAGCCAACAGGCAAAAACAAACGGGAACACACCUGCAUCCUUACCAAAAGCAAGCCCAUCAAUCGUGGCCCCAAGCCUUGCUUAUGUUGCUGCCGCUUCACGGCCCUCAUAUGCCUCAUCAGUCCUAACCCCAGGGCAGCACUGUACACCUUUGGAAACCCCCUCUCGCAAGAGGAAAAUUCCAAGCUUGCCUACCCCACAACACCUGACGGAGGAAUAUAACCGUAUACUGAGUGGGGAGUCUUGGUCUGACUCUCUGGACCCUCUCCCCGCCCUGACUCAGCUCACACAAAAUCAUCAAUCAGCCCCAGCAGUCAACCCAACAGAAGAACCUAUACAAAAAGCCUCUUUCACUGAUCUCAUUGCCAACUUCUUCAAAUCACUCUUUGUACAAUGCAUGCACGCCUUAUCAGAAUAUCUGACCUCCUUGGACAACCCAAUAGCCGCAGUCUUGCAGCCUCUUCUCGCCUCGCUGACUAGCCAAGUCUCAUCAGUCUAAUGCCGCUCCAAUCAGUGUUCCUCUGGAAUGCCCGAGGACUCAUGUCAAAACUCUCAGAGCUAAAGCUGUUUUUGUCGCACUCAACUCCCUCUGUAGUCUGCAUCACAGAAACCCACCUGGAAAAUUGGCACUCGCCACGGUUCCCAGGGUACAUGACCUACCGCCAGGACAGAGCAGAUGGCUACGGAGGACUGCUCAUCCUAGUUGGUGUCCAUCUACAACAGAGAGCUACAGACUUGGAACCAAUUGCAGAUGGACAGAUGCAGGCCUUGGCGGUGGACACUGCCCACAGGGGAUCAUGGUCAAAAAUUUUUCUCUUCUACAACCCUUGCCUCCCUAUAACACAGGCUGAAUUUGAACAUUAUUUUUCCCACAUUGGGCCUCGAGACCUCAUCUGUGGUGAUUUCAAUGCCCAUCAUCCACUUUGGAGCUGCCCACAUACCAAACCAAACCAGGCAGGAGUCUCUCUCUUCAAUGCCAUUAGCAAGACCCCUCUCUUGCUCCUUAACACUCCUGGCAUUCCUACCCGCCUAGACCCACACUCGGGUACAGGCUCAGUUUUGGACCUGUUUUUCGGUGCCUCUCCCUACCACUCAUACUCAGUUUCACUUGGC